GGGUCGCCUACUUGUCACCAGCGCAGAUAUUCUUCCUGUCGUAGUCCGUCAUCACUGUAGACAAUCAAGGUGACCAUCUUCUGUGCAUCUCGCUUCCGCAGAUGCUCGCCCUGCCGCUGAUGCAAUCGUACAUCAGAAAUCUUUUCUAAAUAUCUAUCUAUUGGUGCAUCGAUUUGCCGAGUUGCGUUGCCUUUGAGGCAGUUUACGCGUGCACUUGUUGGCGGCUGUGCUUGCAUUUCUUCAUUGGUCAUCUGGGUUUGAGCUUGCGGGGAGAUUUGAUUGUUAGCACAUUUCUCAAGGACAUGGCAGUCUCAGCGAAUGCUAACGGCCAGGAGGUCUCGGCAGCCAAGAAGGAUGCAGUGAGGGAUAAGUCUGUGUAUAGCCCAGUUCAGACGAGUCGGAUUGACCACACACCAACGCUGCCCUCUGUGUUGCAAGGCAACUUCAAGCUCAAUCAUGGGCCUCCUUCGACUUCGGCGGGACAACCUGAGGAGAUACAGAAGUUGUUUCCAUGCUUAUUCGGGCAACCCUCGGUGCAGAUUGUGAAGAGCGAUAGCCCAUCGUACAAUGUGGACCAAAAGUUGAAGGUUGGGGUGGUGCUGUCAGGCGGACAAGCUCCCGGGGGUCACAAUGUGAUCGCAGGGUUCUUCGAUUAUCUCCAGGCGCACGCCCCCGGGAGUGUGUUGUAUGGGUUUAAGGGCGGCCCUGCCGGGAUUAUGCGUAACAAGGUGGUGGAGAUUACUGCUGAGUUUCUGUAUCCUUACAGAAACCAGGGAGGGUUCGAUAUUAUUUGCAGUGGCAGGGAUAAGAUUGAGACGCCGGAGCAAUUUCAGCAAGCUGUAGAUACUGUGACGAAGUUGGACCUGGAUGGGCUGGUGGUGAUUGGAGGCGAUGACUCCAACACGAAUGCUGCCCUCCUUGGCGAGUACUUCAGAUCGAAGAAAGUGAAGUGUCAUGUCAUUGGAUGUCCGAAGACCAUUGACGGGGAUUUGAAGUCGGUGGAGGUCCCCAUCAGCUUCGGAUUCGACACUGCAUGCAAGAUAUACGCUGAGAUGAUCGGCAACAUUAUGGUGGAUGCUCGAUCGACCGGCAAAUAUUAUCAUUUCGUCCGGCUCAUGGGCAGAGCUGCCUCCCACAUCACCCUGGAGUGCGCGCUGCAAACGCAUCCUAAUGUGGCCAUUAUUGGGGAGGAGGUGAACUCGCAAAACAAGACCCUGAGGGAAGUUACCAACAGCAUUGCGGAUUUGGUGUGCCAGCGCGCGGAGAUGGGGAAGCAUUAUGGCGUGGUGCUGAUCCCCGAGGGACUUAUCGACUUCAUCCCGGAGAUCCAACAUCUCAUUUCAGAGCUCAACGAAAUCCUCGCCAAUCAAGGCUGCGACGAGCAUGGACACUGGAAGAGCACCUUAAAACCUCCCUCUCGGGCACUCUUCGACUCUCUUCCCCACAGCAUUCAGGAGGAGCUGCUUUUGGAGCGAGAUCCCCACGGCAACGUCCAAGUCUCUCGAAUCGAGAUGGAGAAGAUGCUGAUCUCCAUGAUCGAAACUGAACUCUUCGCCCGCAAACACGAGGGGAGUUACUCCGGCCAAUUCAAGGGCCAAGCGCAUUUCUUCGGCUACGAGGGACGAUGUGGAAUGCCCACCAACUUCGACACUACGUAUUGUUACGCCCUCGGGUACGCCGCAGGAGCUCUCAUGCAUUUGGGCCAGACAGGAUUGAUUGCCUCUGUGGCCAAUCUCACCGCACCAGCGUCAGAAUGGACCGUUGGCGGGACCGCCCUGACCCAGCUCAUGGACGUUGAGAGGCGAAACGGGAAGAACAAGCCCGUGAUUAAGAAGGCUAUGGUGGAGCUCAACGGCGCCCCAUUCAAAAAAUUCGCAUCUGUACGCGACGCUUGGGCUGUGGAGGACAGCUACGUGAGCCCCGGCCCGAUCCAGUUCGCAGGCCCCACGUCUGACGACACCAACUUUACGUUGAAGCUCGAACUCGGCGCUCCGGUGGACGUGUAGCUGCUGAACACUUCGAUCAACAGGAAUGCAGCAAUGGCCUUGCAAGUUUAGGGCUUUGAAGCGCGUUCCUCAUCCUCCCCCGGCCCUACACAAAACCCAGCUUGCCAUUUGCCUUCCCCUUGUCCAUUGCCAGGAUUGCAUCCUGCGCAUGGACGCUGUGCGAUACUGCUUUCAGGUUGUUGGGUGCAUGUUUAGGGUUUGGCCUCUUCCAUGUCAAGCCCCUCCAGCCAUGACAUGUGUAACUCCGCUUUUCCUACAUUUUUGAAAGGAUAACACGGUUCCGGAACUGUUCAAUUCAUUAGCUACAACUAUUUUUACAAUUAUCUUUA